AUUUAUAAUAAAGAUGGCGGGAACAUUAGAAGAGGAAAGGGUUAAUAGUUGGAUUUUAGACUAUUCAUACCAACGAGCUUGGAAGGAAUUCUCAAGUACAAGCAACAUAGACUUACAGACAACUAGAGAUUUUAUUCAAUGGAUAGUUACCCAGCCAUGCAUGAUUACCACAGAGAGAAAACAGAAAGUUCAGAUUUUGUUGUUUUUGUGUCGAUUAUCUGAUGGCAGUGAUCAUACAACUCGUUAUAGUGUCAACAGUGAUAUAACAGCAUUAGAAGAAGCUCUGAAGAAUAUUGAUAGUAUUGAACCACUCGUGGGGAAGAAACAUGCCAAUUGUUUAGAGUCCAUGAGAACCUCUGUCAAGAAACAGGCUGUUUUAGUGUGUUGCAGAGCUGAUGAUUUUGAAGCAGGGAAAGAUGUCUUUAAAAGGCUAUGGAAGAAACCUUCAUCUAAAGAGGAAAAGGUACUUAAUAAAUUGGAAAAGCAAGUUGAUAAGAAUGCAGUGGAAAAUUUACAGAAAGUUAUAGCCUCGAAUGAUAAGGAUCAUUCCUACAUUAAGUUUAAUACCUAUGAAAGAUUUCUGAAGAAAUCUGUGGAAUACUUAUCAGACAUUCAUGACAGUUUCAGCAUACCAUACUUACUGCAGCAAGCUGAGUCUUAUGAGAGGAAUAGCCAUAUGAAGGACUUAAUGAAAGGAACAAUCAAAUUUAGUAAUACAGAAAUUCAACAAUAUAUGACAAGUAAUGACAUCAAAAGUCUGACACCAAAAUCUCAACAGAAUCUGGAAACCAAGCUACAAAGGAUAAGGGAGACUAAUCAAAUUCAGGAAAGUGACAUAGAAGAAAUGGAAAUCAGUGUAAAUAAUAACAAUGCAGAAUCAGAUGAAACAGAACCAGAAGAGAAUACUUCCAGACUAAGAAAGAUGAGAAGUGGUCGACAGACUAGUACACCAAAGAAGUUUGAUAAGGAAGUCAGUGAUGAUGAAAGUGGCAGUGAAAAAAUAUCUCCUCUGCGGAAACGUCUUGGACUUGAAGCUGAAUCCUCCAUUUUGAAUCCCAGGAAAGGACAAAGAAUUCCAUGGAAUUAUAGUGAAUCCAGAGACUUUUAUAAACAAAUCAAAAAGCAUGGUGUAGGAAACUGGUCUAAAAUAAGGGACGAAUUACAUACAUUUAGAACCAAUGUACAACUGAAAGAUAGAUGGCGCUGUAUGUUAAAUAAUGAAUCAUUGAUUACAAAAUUGUCUAAAGAAUGUGGAAAAAUGUGAAAAGUUUUGAUUGCUUGAACAAGCUAUGCUUAGUUUAUCAAGCUAUGUUAAACUUCUUACUCACAAAUAUUUUUAAUUGUUUUUUAAUGAGAUAACAAGUUGAUUUGAGUUCAAUUGUUGUCAACUCUGCUAAAGUCAAUAAAUAGAAUUUUGAGACA